CAACAAGAGUGUAACUAAUAUUACAAAGCUAACCAUCAAUCAAAUCCAAAAAUAAAUAAAAAGGGUGCAAAAAAAUAAAUAAUUGGCAAUAAUCAUCAGUCAUGUUCCUGACAGACAGCUGAGGAAUAUCCCAAUAGCAACUAGCAGAUGCAGAUGCAGAGUUUGCAAACCAUUUCUUCAUUUCUUUGCAAGUUUUGCAUUUGCAUGAUUCUCUCUUUCUUUCUUUAACUGCAUUGGAGAAAAUUUUGAGAAAAUUCCAAUGCAUCUAUUGUAUUUGCUUAAGCUCAAAACCUACCACUGACUUCUUCUACUUCACAUCCCUUUUCUUCUACUUCUUCUCAAUUCUCAUCCACCACCGCUGAAAGUUCAGAUUUACACUCACAUUUGCCAUACCCAGGAAGCAUUCGCUGUUUUCCAUAUAAAAAGUUUACUUUUUUGAGAACUGGGUAGAUUUGGGUUCUUUGUUGUGUGUUACCCAUAGUCAAAGAUCUGAGAUUUUUGGGUUUGGUCUCUUUGUGUAAAAGGGGUGACUCAUGUUAAGGGGUUUCAGAGAUCUGAGAUUUGUGGUUUUGACCUUGUGAAUCUGAGUCCGUACAGAUAGGCAUCAAGGCUUUUUCUAAGACAUGGGUUCUGAUCUGAAAGUUGAAUUGUCCAAGAAAACUCCAAUUUUUGGUAUUAAGGUUUGGGAAGUAAUUGGAAUUGCGGUUGGAUUAUUCAUUAUAGUGAUCCUUUGUGUGCUCUCAUUUUGCCUUAGUUCAAGGAAGAAGUCUAAAAAGGAUAGAGAUAACAAGGUUCCUGUUAGUCAAAUACCUACAGUGUCGAAGGAAAUCAAGGAGGUGAGGGUUGAGCAAGUGCCGGCGAAUGGAUUUGUCCCGCGAGAUGGAAUACUCCUCACAAUUCAUGAUAAGUCCAGUGACAGAGAAUCAGACAAAGUUAUGGUUCACUUGGGUGUGGGGAAAAUGAAGCAUGGGGAUAGUGGCAGCCACUCAGAUUCAUUUCAUCACUUGGAGAAAGAUGGAUAUGGAUCACAGUCAGGGGAAGAAGGUAGCUCCGGCACGUUUAAAGCAGCAUACAAUCCGUCUUCUUCGUAUCCUAUAACAGCCCCUUCGCCUCUGUCUGGCCUUCCAGAAUUCUCUCACUUGGGUUGGGGUCACUGGUUUACAUUGAGGGAUCUUGAACUUGCCACAAACCGGUUUUCGAAGGAGAAUGUCCUUGGUGAAGGUGGCUAUGGAGUUGUUUAUAGGGGACAGUUGAUAAAUGGGACUUCAGUGGCAGUUAAGAGGAUACUCAAUAACAUUGGUCAAGCAGAGAAAGAAUUUAGGGUCGAAGUUGAAGCUAUUGGCCAUGUUCGACAUAAAAAUUUAGUUCGUCUUUUGGGGUAUUGCAUUGAGGGGACUCACAGGAUAUUAGUGUACGAGUAUGUUAACAAUGGAAACUUAGAGCAAUGGCUUCAUGGAGCAAUGCGUCAUCAUGGAUAUCUAACCUGGGAAGCGCGUAUCAAGAUUCUUCUGGGAACGGCUAAAGCGCUUGCUUAUUUGCAUGAAGCAAUUGAACCAAAGGUUGUACACCGAGAUAUCAAGUCGAGCAACAUAUUAAUUGAUGACGACUUCAAUGCCAAGGUUUCUGAUUUUGGCCUGGCCAAGUUACUGGGUGCUGGGAAGAGUCAUGUUACAACAAGAGUUAUGGGAACCUUUGGAUAUGUGGCUCCUGAAUAUGCAAAUACUGGCCUUUUAAAUGAGAAGAGUGAUGUUUAUAGUUUUGGUGUUGUGCUGCUCGAAGCAAUUACUGGAAGAGAUCCAGUCGACUAUGGCCGUCCACCACAGGAAGUUAAUCUGGUUGACUGGUUGAAAAACCCGAACAUUGAGGUGAAGCCAUCAACCAGAGCUUUGAAACGGGCUCUCUUAACAGCUUUAAGAUGUGUUGAUCCAGAUCAUGUCAAAAGACCCAAGAUGGGCCAAGUCGUACGAAUGCUCGAGUCAGAGGAAUACCCUUUACCCAGAGAGGAUAGAAGGCAGCGAAGAAAUUGUGGAAAUAACUGGGAAAUCGAAUCCCAGAAGGAUCAUUCGGACACAGACAGGAGCGAGAUUCAGGGUUCUGUAUCAGAGAGUGGAGGGUAACAUUAAGACAUGGCCACAAGGAUGAGAUUCUUUUUGAGGAUCAAUUGUAUUGUAUAAAGAAAAAGGUGGGGAUGGGGGUAAAUUUUUUCAAAAAGAACUUUAGCCGCUUAGAUUC